AUGGCCGAGUCAAUCGACAUCAGCACUGGGGGCGUUACCCAAUCGAUCGUUGUGUUUGAUGCUAUCUGUAUGAUAGUCGAUCUUACUUGCAUUGGAUAUACCGCAGCUCUUGUACACCGUGGACGUGGCCGGCCACGCACUCUACCGCUAUGGACUACGCUAUCCUGCCUGAUCGCAUGGAUACUAUAUUUAGGAUUCGACGUCUUCGAGUUCGUACUGAUAUCCACAAACCAGGAUCCCUCCUCGGUGGUAAGCAGCGGCGGCCCAAACGCCUUUGUCACCGGGUUCCAGUGGCUCGCAACAUGUCUCACCUUCCACGUCCUCUACGCCCUGAUACACCUAAUGCUCGAUCAAACACAGCCCGUGAAAUCUAAAUCUAAAUCCAACACGCCCUGGCGUAAAACACGCGUCUUCCACCGGGUCUGCUUCGCGGUCAUCGUGGUCGCCGCGUGCCUGAGCUUCGCCAUGUUGUGUGCGAGGUUGUAUUUCACAUACCGCGGCCCUGAUGUCCCGACCCUUAGUGCCUAUGGGCCUAUCCAAGGAGUAGGGGCAAUUAUCGCGUGGACCGCCUCGAUUGAGAAUAUGGCUUGGUCGAUUCAUGUGGGUGUCAGGUAUCCAAGAUGUUUGGGGGGCCAUAUCCUUCCCACGCUACUCCUCAUCACGGCCGCUAUAUUCUGGAGUAUCUCGAACUGUCUAAUCGCCAUCGAAAUCUCCUUGACCUGCCUGAUAUCCACCAUCUGUGUCAAGGGCGGUACAAUUUUCGACCUAUCCCCAAUUGCGGGGGGAUCAAUCAGGAUACUUAUCGCGCUCAGUAGAAUCAUGUACUGGGCUGCCAUUGUGGUAUUCUGCUUCCGGUAUAGCAGUAUCCAGAACGAAGGCGGGCUGGGGAGUGAGAAUGAUGAGGCGUUGGACAGCCUGAAUCAGAAGCAAGAUGAUGAUGCGGGAGUCGAGGUCCAGAUGGUCUGUUAUGAGGCGGAUUCGAAGGCGUAUAUUGCGGAGUUGCCCGGGGAUUAUAACCAGGUUUGUGAGGCGGAGAGUCAUCAGAUUGCUGAGGUGGGCGAGUCGGAGAAGUAUGAGUUGCCGGACUUUCAGUCGCUGGAUGUGAAGGAGAAGGGGAAUAAGGAUGCUGUUGUGACUGAGUCUGCUAUAUUAUAG